CAGCAGCAGCUACAACAGCAGCUACAACAACAACAGCUCCAGCAGCAGCAGCAGCAGCGUCCCAGAGAAGGCGCUCACUCACGGCCCUUGAGGAACAUGGCACAGCGAGCACACGGGGGCGUGAUCUAACAAUGGCUACAACAUCCGAAAGAAGGAAAUGCAGUAAUGACCCAGAUAUCUUCUGCUACAUCUGUGGCAGCUUCACUUUGCAGGAGCAAUAGCGCAACAUCAAUACCUUUGUCAAGAAGGUUUAUCUUGCCUACUUUAUAGUACGACUUGGAGACCAAGACUAAAUUUGGGCUCCUCACAAAGUGUGUAAAACCUGUGUUGAAACUUUGCGAUCAUGGUCUAAAGGAAAGAAUGUUAAGCUGAAGUUUGGUGUGCCAAUGGUUUGGAGAGAACUUACAAACCAUUUGGAUAACUGCUACUUCUACCUUGUCAAUGUAAAAGGUUUCAAUAAGAAAAACAAACAACACUUACAAUACCCAGAUAUCCCAUCUGCCAGACGACCAGUUGAGCACUGUGAGGAAAUACCUGUGCCUGUAUUUACUGAGCUACCAGAGAUUGAUGUUGAAUCCCUCAGUUUACCUGCUUCUACAGAUGAUGAUGAUGAUGCUCAGAUCGAAUAUACGCCAUCUGAUGCAGAUUGUGAUAACAUUUCUCUGUUUAGUCAGCCUGAAUUGAAUGAUCUUGUAAGAGAUUUGUAUUUGCCAAAGCAGUCUGCUGAAUUUUUGGCUAUCAGGCUGCAAGAGAAAGGACUACUCAGACCUGGCACUAGUGUCUCCUUUUAUUGUAACAGAGAAGCAGCACUGCGAAAGUACUUCCAUUCAGAUGGUCAACUUGCUUAUUGUAAUGAUGUUGAAGGGGUUCUUCUCGAUAUGGGACUGCCCGCAUAUGAUUCAAAUGAAUGGAGACUUUUUAUUGACAGUAGUAAAAGGAGUUUUAAAUGUGUGUUACUUCACAACAGAAAUAUAUAUGGUUCAAUCCCAAUAGGACACUCUGUAAAAAUGAAUGAAGAGUAUGCCAACAUCAAGAUUGUUCUUGAUAGAUUGGAAUACCAUUUUCAUGGAUGGCUAAUUUGUGUUGAUUUGAAAAUGGUAAAUUUUCUGCUGGGUCAGCAAGGAGGUCACACCAAAUACCCUUGUUUCCUGUGCUACUGGGACAGUAGGGCUACAUUAGAACACUGGGUUCAAAAGAACUGGCCACCAAGAAUCAGUUUGACGCCUGGUGACAAGAACAUCAAGAAUGAGCCUCUGGUUGAUAGGAAUAAAAUUGUAUUUCCCCCACUGCACGUAAAACUUGGGUUAAUGAAGCAAUUCGUCAAAGCUCUUGAUCACACUGGAGACUGCUUCAGCUAUAUAUGCUCAACCUUUUCAAGUCUCAAUGCCGAGAAGAAAAAGGCAGGAAUAUUUGAUGGCCCUCAAAUAAGAACACUCAUCAGGGAUCCACACUUUGUUACAACAAUGACUGCGGCAGAGGCUAGAGCUUGGAAUGCAUUCUCUGAUGUGGUGCGGAAUUUCCUUGGGAACAGGAAAGCGGACAACUAUCGAGAGAUUGUGGAGGAGCUGCUCUUGAGUCUCCAAGCACUUGGAUGUAGAAUGAGCAUCAAGGUUCACUACUUACAUCGUCACUUGGCCCAGUUUCCAGAGAACAUGGGUCACGUGAGCGAAGAGCAAGGUGAACGCUUUCAUCAAGACAUUAAAGUUAUGGAAGAACGUUACCAAGGCCGAUGGGACUCAAACAUGAUGGCAGAUUACUGCUGGUCCUUGAUGAGAGACAUUCCACAAGCUGUACAUCGGAGAUCGUCAAAGAGGUCGUUUAUGCAGAUGUAACAUCACUAUUGUGAAUGACCUUUUUGUACAUAUUUUUCUUAUCUUCACAAUUCAAUUCGUAUAUGGUAAUAUGCAUUCACGCACAUUGAUAUGCAGUCACUCACAACUUUGUGCUACGGCUCAUUAAAUGUUUGUUUCAUUA